AUGAUGGGCAUCACUUGUCGGCGCUCAAGAGCUAUACAAAUCAGUCCAGGGCAUAGCAUCACAGCCCUUGAAUACGCUGAUGAUGUAGUAGUCCUUUUUUCUGACAGUUAUAAGGAAAUGCAAAUAAUGUUAAAUGAUGUGGUUGAUGAAACCCUUAUUGAAUCGUCGCGAAAUCAUCGUAAAGACGAAAAUGCAUCUUGCUAUAUGGCUGCAAAACAUGGCGAAUGA